CGAAAAGACCCCGACAAACAGGUGUAAAAUGUCAAAUUUACCCCUUAAUCUAGGGUACAUUAGGAGAAGCUGACACUAGGGUUUCAUUCGUUAUCCAGUCCCUUCCUGUGAAGUCCCAACUCUUCUCUCUCGAUUUGCCUCCACAACUAGCAGAGAUGAAUGUGGAAAAGCUAAUGAAGAUGGCCGGUUCAGUCCGCACCGGCGGGAAGGGUACAAUGAGAAGAAAGAAGAAGGCUGUUCACAAGACCACCACGACAGAUGACAAAAGACUUCAAAGCACCUUGAAGAGAAUAGGAGUGAAUGCAAUACCUGCAAUUGAGGAAGUCAAUAUAUUCAAGGAGGAUGUCGUUAUCCAGUUUAUUAACCCUAAAGUUCAAGCAUCAAUUGCGGCCAACACUUGGGUUGUUAGUGGUUCUCCUCAAACCAAGAAGUUGCAAGACAUUCUUCCUCAAAUUAUUCACCAAUUGGGUCCAGAUAACUUGGAGAAUUUGAAGAAACUAGCAGAACAGUUCCAGAAGCAGGUCCCUGCUGCUGGUGCUGGUGCCGCUACUGGUUCUACUGUGGCACCUGAGGAUGCCGAUGAUGAUGAGGUGCCAGACCUUGUCCCUGGCGAGACAUUUGAAGCUGCUGCUGAGGAGGGCAACACCCACACUUCUUAAGGGUUCUAUUUUUUAUUUUGUGUCUUUGCCUAUAUUUUUGUUGUUUUUUUGGAAUCUGUUCUAUUAUGCUAUGGCCUAUGACACAUAACAGAAAGCUGGUACUUGGAUGUUUUAAUUAGCAAUUAGUAUCUUAAUGCUUUCAUAGUACCUGCCAUGAUUCUAAGGAUCUGGGGCAACCCUUUGAAUCCAAAUGUCUUACUCGAUUGACUUUCUGUAUUUUGUACUAAUCCGAUGAGUAUAGAGCUGCUGGCCAUGGUUAAAAGUUUUCUCUUUUGUCA